UACAUUGUACUUUCGAUUUCAACAAACAAAAAACAACAAAAUCAAGACGACAAGAAAAUUCGUCAAAAAGAAAGAUGUAUAAUUGUAAAAACAUCAUUAGGAAGGAAUACCACUAGAAAUACAUAAUGGGGGAUGUUUUUAGUAAGAAGGAAGAGAAAUCUCCAACAAGAAACCCGACACAGGGAGCCAAGAACACCAACCUACGUAUAAAUAAAGCUAUAUCAAAGUCUACACCAGACUUAUUGGAGGAUCAAAAACCCAGACGGAGAAAGUUUGUAAAGAUUGGAAACAUCAAAGUUAGCAUAAUACAGGGAAAGAUAGCUGAAGAGAACGCAGAUGUAAUUGUAAACAGUGUGAACAGUGACCUUGACCUUGAAACAGGUCGUGGGUCAAAGGCUUUAGUAGAAAGUGGUGGUGAUGCAAUUCAGAAAGAAUGUCAAGAGAACUAUCCAGGGGGGAUAACUGAAAAUGAAGUGGCUGUUACUAAUGGUGGAAAUCUAAAAUGUCGUAAAGUGUAUCAUGUGACCUUACCUAAAUGGGAAGACAACAACAAACAGGCAAUAACAACAGCUAUGACAAAUUGUUUAACCAUGGCAGACCAGUAUGGAGUUACUUCCCUUGCCUUUCCUCCAUUUGGAUCAGGAUAUCUCAACUACCCAGAUGAUGUAUUGACAGAUACCAUGCUCCAGUCAGUGGUGGACUUUGAACAGUUAUUUCAUUCAACUUCUAUCGAAUCUAUUGUUAUAGUAUGUCACAGAACACAGAAUUCUGUAUUUCGGGCAUUUGAAAGGAAAACAAGGGAAUUAUCAGGUGCUAUAUCUCAGGGAGGCAGCCAUUCCUGUAAAUGUGGUAACAUUAAUGUUAUAAUACAGAAAGGGACUAUUACUAAACAAAGGUGUGAUGUGCUGGUGAUAACAGCAUCCAAAGAUUUAAAGUUAAAGUAUGGAAUGUUGUCUAAGUCAGUACUAGAUGCUGCAGGACCAGACAUACAGACUGCUUGUGAUAAUAACUAUCCCUCUGGUGUGGACUAUAGAGAAGUGGCAGCUACCCGUGCAUACAAACUUCAUUGUAGAUUUGUAUACUUUGGUUCUUUACCUGACUGGAAAAAUACCUCAGAUAAUCCACAACAGGUUCUGACAGAUUUUAUCACCAACUGUCUGGAGAAGGCACAUAGCCAUGACACCAAGUAUAUUGCCUUCCCCACCCUGGGGACAGGAGCUCUAAAGUACCCACCUGAUGUCAUGGCCAAAACUAUGGAGAGUUGUAUUAGAAAGUUUGAUCUGAAACACAGUGACACAAAGUUACAACAUAUCUACAUCGUUGUCUUUGACCAAAGUAAAGACUGUAUGGUUGUGGAAAAUGCUUUGCUUAAGGAAUUUCAAGUCACAAGAGGUCUGACGUUAAAGAUGCCGUCAGCCCCACCUCCACCAGUGGAGCCUUCUGCCCCACCUGAAUCCCCAGCUCCUGGAACACCAGCUUUCUUUCUGUGGAUGUAUAAUUACCAGGACAAGCCUCCUAGUUACUGGUCCAUAUUUGGUCCAGCUAAGUCCCUGAAGGAAUGGAACUCUCAGACCAAGAGAGAACGUUAUAAACUGGCUAAAGUGACGAGACAGAUAGAGACAGCUGUCAGUAAAAUUGUAGAAGAGACUUGGAUACCAAAAUUUGUUGGGAAAGGUCGUGAUGGUGCUGGCUUGGAAGACUUGAAUUAUACGAAUAUUAAGGUGACCAAAGUUGAAAGGAUUGAAAAUACAGAACUUUUUGAAAAGUAUGUGCAAAUGAGAGGGAAACUAUUCCACAAAGCUGGAGUACUAGAGACACCUUUUGAUCAGUUAGGAGAUCUUCCUAGUGGGGUUAGAAAAAGGAAAGUUUUUACGACUGUAAAAGCUGAUAAAAGUGUUUUUACUGAUGUUUAUCCUGAGAUAAAUGAGCAUUAUCUGUUCCAUGGUACACAGGAAGAUAGAAUUCCUACAAUCGCCACACAGGGAUUUGACAUCAGACUGACUGACAAGGCCAUGUUUGGAGCAGCUGUCUAUGCAUCAGAAAGUUCAACAAAGGCAGAUCAGUAUGCAGAUAAAAAAAGUGAAAGGGACAAAUCUAAGCCAAAGAAGAUGAUUCUGUUAAGAAUGGCUCUUGGAGAAAUCUUUGUGACUGAAACAGAAAAAAAAUUUGCUCGCCCCCCAUGUAAAUCUUGUGAGAGAGACAAAUGUACCGAUUCUUCCCAUAAUUCCUCAGGACAUGGAUCUUAUGACUCUGUUGUUGUUGAUGGGUCGUGGAAUUUCCGUGAGUUUCUUGCUUUUGAUGCAGCACAGUGUUAUCCUGAGUAUGUGAUAACUUACCAGCGAGUGUAAUGAUGAAGUAUAUGUGAUAGAUCUAAAUGUGCCAUUACUAUUGAAAUGUGAUCUUGUUGAUUAUUUGAAAUUAAGCUUUAUUGAAAGUUUUUGUAUAAUAUUGUGUCAGUUUGAAAUAAUAGUAUCUUUUUGCCCAACAAAUAAACAAUUUAAAAACAAAUCAGUGUAAAAUAGGUAAUUCUUAUCAAAAUGUUUAGAUUUUUGUUAUUAGACAUAUUUGAAUUGUUAUAUACUGUAAAUUCAGAGAUUAUUGCGUGCAUUUAUUAUUGCGAUUUUGUCAUUUUAGACUAAAAUACGAUUCUAAUUUUUGCAAUAUUGAGAACAAUCCUGUUUAAUUCAUAUAAGUUAAAAAUGCGAGUUUAAAUUAUUGCCAUUAUAACCCUGUCGCAUUUUUCGCAAUAAUAAAAACAUGGCAAUAAUUUCUGAAUUUACAGUAGUUGUGGGCAACCUGUGGCAUAGAGUUUAUCAUGGUAAUAUAUAAUAUCUGAUCAAACUUAAUAUUCCCACUUGAUUUCCUUGUAACCAAUGCAAGUUUUAUGCCCCUGCUGCAGCUGACAGGCAUUAAGUUUUACCCUUUUUCGUCUGUACAUCCGUAUCUCCGUCGUUUUGUCCCAAAAUUAUUUUCCUCUCUGUAGUUUGUCUCAACCAAAUGUUAUGAAACUUAUACACAAUGCUUAUUACCAACAUACACAUAAAGUUGGUAUUUGAGUGGUAUAUAAAUAUGAAUAGUAAGAUUGCAGAAACUGCAAAUUUUCAAUUUUUCAAUUUAUAAAGGAAUAUUACUCGAGAACAGUGAAAGUGACUCCACCUUAAUUCAAACUUGAUCUUUGUUUGGUUGUAAUAAGCAUGUAAGGAUUUGAGAGUCUACAAUAUCCAAUAGUAUUCUACAUAUUGUAUUAUUAGUUGUUAUCGAUUUAGCCUUAGUUAUAUAAAGAAAUUAUGAAUUUUAUUAACCAUUCGUGGUUUAAAAUUGUUUGUUAUGUUAUGUGUUAUAUAUUAUAUAUUCCAGAUUUAUAAACAACAGUAUUGAUUUUAUAAAUUUUGAAAUAUAUAGUAGCUAUAACCAUUUAAUACACUGUCUGGAUCCUCCAUUUUGGUAUAAAAUAGUUUAAGUUAAUAUUGAUAUAAUAUCUAAAUACAUAGUAUAAUUAUCUCCCUCGUUUGAUAACCUGUUGUCAUCCUUGUUGCCAAGGUUAAGUCAGUAUGAACUAUUUUUGUGGGGUUCUUGUAUCCUAUAUAUUUUUCUCAAAUACCUCACAUUUUUACACAGUGACAGGCCCUUCAUUCACUGGAAAAAACAUGAAAUUGUGGAGUUAUAAAAAUUGUGAUGACUCAACUUGAAAAAAACAUUUGGCUCUUUUACCAAUUUUGUAAUAAAAGGGGAUUUCCAUCCAUGGCUAUAUUCAUUUUUGGAAUAACCCCUGUUAUUUUAUAUUAACUGUUUUCAGCACCCAUUUUUAUUGUAUUAAAUUAUCAAGUGUUCUAAUCAAUGCCUACUUAAGUCUAUAUUUAUAUUGAGAUUACAUUGGAAUGUUUUGUUUCUGUAUUUGUAAUUUGUGUUAUGAAGUGUCCUUGAAUAUUUGCAGCAUUCAAAGUUGUAUCCUAUAUCAGAAGUAAUAGAGCAGGACAACUCAAAUGAUUAAUGAAGGUGCUUAACUUAAAUGUGUGUGUUUAUUUUUAUUAUCUUUUCAUUCCAUGCACAUGUAUAUAAAUUUAAUGACAUUGUCCAUUAUAUGUGAGAGACUUGACAAGUCCAACGAUGGAUGAACUUUUACAACUUUUCUUCUGAAUUAAUUUUUUUUAAAAGUUCUAUAUAUUUUUUCUCAAACAGUGAGAUUUAGUUAUAUUGUUUCUCACAGUGUGAAGGUGUUAGAGACACCAAUUUGUUAAAAGAUUGUGUGAUAAGGUCAGUUUAAGGAGAACCACUUAUGAUAAGUCGAUGAUAUUUGGUAUGCUGCGUUGUAUUAGCCUUGGCACAUCUAGUUGAGAUUAUUUGAUUUUGCCUCCUAAGUCAUGGUCUAUUGACUUUGAAAACUGUUGCAUGGUUGACAAAUUAAAGUAUUGCUAUUUAGAUUUCAUCAUUUGCUUUUUACUCUUGGAAAAACCUUUGUGACAGACGAGAUAUGUAUCUCUGUCAAUAGUUUAUUUGAAACACUUUUUCUUAUAUCUGUUGUUGUGAUCAGUCUAUACUUCGUGGUCAAAUGACUCUGGCAAAGUUUUUAUGCACAUUUAGUUACUCAUGUAAAUUUUGCAUAUAUAUGGUAUUUAGUGAGGGAUAACCAAUCAAAACCAUGUAUUUCACAUUUCUUCAAGAUAACUUAUGUCAGUUAUGACACUGAAGGAUUAUUUUUGUAUUUAAACUGGAAAGAUGUUCAUUCAUGUGAAACUAAAUAAUUUUGAUUAGACUUUGUCAUAGAUUUAUAUUAUAUCAUUUUUAUUAUAGACUGAAUGAUUUGUGGCAUUAAAACUUGAUUGUGAGAUGCAUAAUUAUAGUUAAUUUGAUCAGUGGAAUUAGGGGUCAAACUUUGUGAUCUUUUUUUUUCUAGAUAUUGCUGUUUUGAAAACUAUACUACCGUCAUGAUAAUUUUUUAUGUAUAGAUACCAUGACACAAAUGUACAGUGGUCUGCUCUUUGGUCGGGUUGUUGUCUCUUUGACAUAUUUUCCAUUUCCAUUCUCAAUUUUAUUUCCAAUUUUUAUAUGUAUCUUCUUAGAAAGUCGAUGUUAAUAUAAUUUGAUGAAAAGUAGAAUAAAGACAACACAUUUUUAUGAUUUUAACCAAAUCACUAAUGGUCCUGAACAUUCAAAAAAUAUUUGUCAGUGGACUAAUAAACGACAAUCAAUCAAUCAACCAACACAUACCUCUGUGAGUGAAAGGGUUCUCAUCAAGGCUUCUCAAAAACAUUUCAAGUUAUGUUUCAAAAAUAUUAAUGAUAAUUUAAAGGUUUGUUUUCAAUUUGUUUCGAAUAAUUUACAUGAGUAUAUAUGAGAAAUAAUCAGUUGAAUAUAUGUAUUUAAGAUAAUAUAAAUAUAUUAUGUGUCAAAGUUUUCAGGUUAAUUAUACUUUUUUUCUAUUUUCAUAAAUAUUUUGUUAAUAAGCAUGAUGGAAAUAAAAUCUGUGAUAUUUGAAUAAUGUCUUACAAUUGUUAAGAAACAAUAAAUUUGCAUCAUAGAUACUGA